CAGAUCCGCUUUCCCUUCCUUGAGAGUUAAGAUGGCGGACCGGCGGCGACGGAGACGGCGCGCCUCUCAGGAUAGCGAGGAGGAGGACGAGUCUGCCUCGGGCUCCGAGGGCGGCAGACCCUCAUCGCCCGGCGGGAAGGCUCGCGGAAGAGAUCCCGAGCCGGUUGAAACGCCAGCGGAACGCGUCGUGGCCAAAAGCGACGAUGAGUCGGAGUGUGAAAGUGAAGAUGGCGUAGGUGAAGCUGUGUUAUCAGACUAUGACAGCGCCGAUCUGGAGGAGAAUGAAUCGCAUACCGAGGGAGGUGAGGAAGAGGAGGAGGGUGAGCAUUUUAGCACAGAAGAGGCUUCACGGCCUGCUGCAGAACCCAAACCUGCUGUGGACGCCCCUGUGGAGGAGCUGGAGGCCGAAGAAAGCGAUGGAGGGAUGAAGGAAGGUAAAGCGGACGAGAAGGAAAAUCUAGCCGGAGAGAGGCAGAGUGGUGAUGGACAGGCCGAAACUAAGCUUGAGACCGGCCCUAAAUGUUUACAGGAAAGCACAGAGGACCCUGAGAAUAAAUCGGACAGUAAAGGCAGCCAGAAGCUGGACGAUGAUGAAGACAGGAAGAAUCCAGCAUACAUCCCUCGAAAAGGGCUCUUUUUUGAGCAUGAUGUCAGAGGUCAGACUCAAGAAGAAGAGAGGCCUAAAGGCAGGCACAGGAAGUUGUGGAAGGACGAAGGUCGUUGGGAACAUGACAAGUUUCAUGAAGAUGAGCAGGCACCAAAAUCCCGCGAAGAGCUUAUUUCUCUUUACGGUUAUGACAUACGCAAUGGCACGGGACCAAGUGAAGGACGAUCGUACCGUUCUCGAAAACCCAGACAUGGUUCGCCCAAUCGAGAGCCUAGGCGCCAACGUGACGGCGAAAGGUCUGUUCGUACCACGUGGCAGGGCCCCCCUCCUGGCCAUCGCAAUGCCCCUCGGCCUGUUCCCCUACAGUCAGGGUCAUCCACUGCUCCCCCCGCGGCUUCCAGAACCACUGGACGAACCUCAACUCAGCCCCCUCUGCGUAGUUUCCACAGCAAUCGAGCCCCAUCGGCCCCGCACAGGACAGAAGGUCGAGGAUACCCGAAACCGGGUCUGGACGGCCCGCCGGGUCGGGGUGUGCGGACUCAUCCUGGGGAGGGUGAGAGGGGCCCGAGGCUUAAGGGCCGGGGCAGUUACUCCACCUAUGCUGAUCGUAGCCAGGAUCUGCUGGUGGAAGACAUUCAAAGUGAGGAAGAUGAGGAGGGUGAAAUUCCACUGGCAACAACUACAUACACCGCUCAUCACUACAAGACUGAAAGAGAUAGGGUCCCAUCGCCACGGAAACAGGAGCCAGGAGCGGUGGCGGAAGGAAGCAGUGCGGCAGGACAAAUGCGAGAAUCGUCUCCUCCUCAAGAGAGACAAGUGGAGAAAAAAUCGUACUCGCUUGCACGGAGGGCGACACGAACUCGGCCGUCUGACCUCAGCAAGCAGGCGUCCUUGGAUGAUUCUUCAUCGACGGUGCAGCAAGCGGCAACAUCGGCGAAGGGCGAGUCGUGGCAGGAGCAGAGCGACACGGGAACGCAAGGUGGACUGACAGGGCUUGACCAAGACCUGGCCCGUCUUAGCCUGACGGGACAGAACUGGGCCCAGAGCCCACCCUCCUACCUACAGGCUGAGAUGAGGGGAAUCCGUGGUUCAAUGCACAUGGGUGGAGGCCCUCCACAAUAUGGAAACAUGGAGGAAAUGGGUGUCGGUGGUGGCCGGGCAAAGCGGUAUUCAUCACAGCGUCAGAGGCCGGUUCCCGAACCUGCGCCCAUGCACAUAGGAGUCAUGGAGGGUCAUUAUUAUGAACCCAUGUCUUUCCAGGGACCAAUCUACGCACAUGGGGACAACCCAGCAGCCCUCCCCCCUCAAGGCAUGCUUGUUCAGCCCGAGAUCCACAUGCCGCACCCCACUCACCCUGGACACCCAGCCUUACAUCCGCACCAAUCAGGAGGACCCAUGCCCAAUCCGGCUCUUUAUGCUGCUCCACCCGUAUCUAUGUCACCCGGGCAACCGCCUCCACAGCAGCUUCUACCCCCACCCUUCUAUCCCCCUCCAGGUGUCAUGACCUUCGGGAACACCAACUACCCAUAUCCCGCUGGAGCAACACUACCUCCAAUGUACCCCAACCCCCAGGCACAGUCGCAGGUCUUUGGUGGGGUGACGUACUAUGACACGGUUCAUCAGCAAGCUCAGCCCAAACGCUCCCCACCCCGGCGGUCUUCUCAUCCUGUUACUGUCAGACCUCCACCUCCUGAGGACCAGAGCAGAAAUCCAGCUGAGGAGAUUCGCUCCUAGCUUACACGAAACAAGGCGGCUGUGUGUCAGGACCAUUUUUGUAUAAAUUGAAUUCACUCUUUUGGUUUUAAAUGGAGUAUCUUUUUUUCUUAUUUUUUUCACUUAUGCCUUGCUUGGAUUCACCCUUCAACCAUGGUCCUGGUGUGCAGGUUGUUUGUGUUGUGUUUUUUAACCAGUAAAGUGUUGAUAUCUGUUUGCCUGUGAGUGAAAUAAGCAGGCAGACAUUUUUUCUCCACGAUAUAAAUCUUGCAUCCUUGCCGUCUCUUGUCAGACUGACUGAAAUCGUACAAGACUGCUGGACUUCGAAAUGCCUUCAUCCAAAACCACAAGCGGUAUAGAUGUUUUGUAUCUCCGUUUAGAAAAUUAACGAUGAGAAUUUGAUUAUGUUUGUCAUGGAUCUUGCAUUUUCUUUUAAGUCUCAAACCCAGGAUUUCAGUUUAAGUUAUAGUCUAGAUCCAUGUCAUGCUUCAAAUGGAUUCAUGUAUUUGCAAGAUACUAUGGGGUCAGUGCUGUGGGCUAUGCGUAAUCGCCUACAACUGCAAAGAUGCAUUUUUCUGUAAUUGAAUCCAUACGUUCAUUUUACACGUUUGUCCAGUUUAGGGGUGCUGUGCCAUUCUGACUGCUUUACCCAUUGUGAUUGGUGCUAGGCCUCAGUUAGGAGGCCGAAAACCUUAACCUUGGUUUCCUUUCUGUCCGGUUGGCCCUCGUAUUCUUGACAUUGUACUGUGUUGAAUUCAAUACUGUAAAUUUAUCAAUCUGUCAGAUACCGACCUACUUGACAAUGUAACUGCUUAAAAGCUUUCUAUUGUAAGUGUACAUACUAUUAAAGUAUAUUAAAGCCAGUGGUUUAUGGAGAAAUACUAAACUAAAAUACUAAAUUACUAUGAAAUACUGUUAUUAUUAUAAACAGGGAUACAGCCUCUGGUUUAUUUCUAAGUAUUUCAUUGCAAGUAAUUUUUCCCUCUUCAUUUUAAUAGAUUCUGAUGAUUGCAAUUGUAUACUUUUAGGCACACUGUACAGGCAUGCAUGAUUUUAUAGAUGGGGACUUUGGCUGUGCGCUGUUAUUCUUUGCCCCACUGUGGUAGUGCAAUGGAUGCAUCUUUUUCAAUUGUUCCCUUUAUGAUUGUUACAGAAAAACUAACAGUAUAACUGAUAAGUUGUUUCAAGUGUGUAGACAUGGCUAAUACAAACUAUUAGAAGAUGAUGUAUUACUUUCUAUGCCUUAAUGAACUCCUUGAUUUGACAUAUCCGUUUUGUUUGAUUAGACCUGACAACACUGUGAGGGCUUGUAUGUUUCCUAGUUGUUUGAAAAAAAUGUUGGAAGUGUUAAUUUUUGCGAAUGUUUUGUGGAGCAGUGUCAGGAGAUAAAAAUUAAACUGAAUCAAACGUC